AUGCAUGGCUGCUGCGGUGCCGCAUUGAAUGGCGAGCUAGAUGCCUGGCUGAGGAGUGCCGGUCUGCAGUGCCACCCGGCUGGAUGGACUGGCGUGGCGAAGGCAAAUUCGACACUCACCUUCGAGCUCGAAACUUUGUCCAAAGAGCGGGAGAGCCUUCUGAGCGCCGAGAGUCUCGACGUCCGCCAAUACGCCGCUCCAAUCUUCUCGUCACCAUCACCAUCUCCACCCAUCCCCUCUCCGUCAAGAACAAUGUCGGCUCAGAUUCGCACGUACGUAUCCACCGCAGGUGCGAUCAACGGCAUGGCACAUCGAAGCACGCGCAGUUCCCAGCACAGCAUUGGCAGCAGCAGCAUUCCAACUAUCAUCGACAGCAUACACCGACACACCGUCCCCUCGGCUCACGACGUCCUCGUCCCCGAGACUCUCCUCAAGAAGAGGAAGUCGGACGCCAAGGCCCGUGAGGAGAAGGCCGCCAAGGCCGCCGAGACCAAGAAGGCCAACCUCGCCAAGCGCAAGGUCAUCUUCAAGCGCGCCGAGCAGUACACCAAGGAGUACCGUGCGGCUGAGCGCGAGGAGAUCCGUCUCCGCCGUGCCGCCAAGGCCAAGGGUGACUUUUACGUCGCCGGCCAGCCCAAGGUGGUCUUCGUCGUUCGUCUGCGUGGUAUCAACAACAUUGCCCCCAAGCCCCGCAAGAUCCUGCAGCUCCUGCGUCUCCUCCAGAUCAACAACGGUGUCUUCGUCCGCUUGACCAAGGCCACCUCGCAAAUGCUCCAGCUUGUGCAGCCUUACGUCACCUACGGUGCGCCCAACCUCAAGACCAUCCGCGACCUCGUCUACAAGCGUGGUUACGCCAAGGUCAACCGCCAGCGCCUCCCCAUCAACGACAACAAGGUGAUCGAGGAGAACCUCGGCAAGUACGGCAUCCUCUCGAUCGAGGACAUCGUUCACGAGAUUGCCACCUGCGGCCCCAACUUCAAGGCCGUCACCAACUUCCUCUGGGCCUUCAAGCUGUCGAACCCCAACGGCGGCUUCAAGGGCAAGAAGCUCACCCACUACACCGAGGGCGGCAACACUGGCGACCGUGGCGAGGCCAUCAACGCCAUCGUCCGCCGCAUGAACUAA